AUGUCUCCCUUCUUAUCUUACUCCCUCAUUGCCCUCGUCUUCCUCAUCACUCUCAAGUUCCUUUUCCAAAGCAGAAAAUUCAGAAACCUUCCACCCGGUCCCACUCCUCUUCCCAUAAUUGGCAACCUUAACCUCAUCGAACAACCAAUCCACCGCUUCUUUCAACGCAUGUCCCAAAAAUAUGGCAAAAUCAUUUCCUUCUGGUUCGGGUCUCGUCUCGUGGUUGUGAUUUCAUCACCCUCAGCGUACCAAGAGUGUUUCACCAAACACGACGUUGCCUUGGCCAACCGCCCCCGCUCCCUCUCCGGGAAGUACAUCUUCUACGACAACACCACCGUAGGCUCGUGCUCCCACGGCGAGCACUGGCGCAACCUCCGCCGCAUCACCUCCCUCGACGUUCUCUCCACCCAGCGCGUCCACUCCUUCUCUGGAAUCCGGAGCGACGAAACCAAGCGCUUGAUUCACAGGUUGGCCAGGAACGCGAGUGCGGAUUAUGCACACGUGGAGAUAACUUCCAUGUUCAGCGACUUGACGUACAACAACAUCAUGAGAAUGAUAUCGGGGAAGAGGUUCUACGGGGAGGAGAUUGACAUGAAGAACGUGGAGGAAGCAAGGGAGUUCAGAGACACGGUGAAUGAGAUGCUCCAACUCAUGGGGUUGUCUAACAAGGGAGAUUACUUACCUUUCUUAAGGUGGUUCGAUUUUCAGAACGUCGAGAAGCGGUUGAAGAAUAUUAGCAAGAGAUAUGACACCAUCUUGAACAAGAUCAUGGAUGAGAACCGUAACAGCAAGGAUCGUGAGAAUUCCAUGAUUGAUCAUCUCCUCAAACUGCAAGAGACUCAACCCGAGUAUUACAAUGACCAAAUCAUCAAAGGCCUUGCUUUGGCUAUGCUUUUUGGCGGAACAGACUCAUCAACUGGAACUUUAGAGUGGGCUUUAUCUAACUUACUGAAUAACCCAGAGGUGUUGAAGAAGGCAAGAGAAGAAUUGGACGCUCAAGUAGGACAAGAUCGGUUGUUAAAUGAGUCAGACCUUCCAAAACUUCCGUAUCUGAGGAAGAUCAUCCUUGAGACACUUCGGUUGUAUCCCCCGGCUCCAAUUCUAAUUCCACACGUGUCUUCAGAAGACAUCACCAUCGAAGGAUUCAAUGUCCCAAAGAACACAAUGGUGAUCAUUAAUGGUUGGGCCAUGCAAAGAGACCCUCAAUAUUGGAAGGAUGCAACAAGCUUUAAACCUGAGAGGUUUGAUGAAGAAGGAGAGGAGAAAAAGCUGGUGGCGUUUGGAAUGGGAAGAAGGGCUUGCCCAGGAGAACCCAUGGCUAUGCAAAGUGUGAGCUAUACUAUAGGAUUGUUGAUUCAAUGCUUUGACUGGAAACGAGUAAGUGAGAAAAAGCUUGAUAUGACAGAGAACAAUUGGAUUACAUUAUCAAGGAUCAUUCCACUUGAGGCUAUGUGUAAAGCCCGUCCUCUCGCCAACAAAAUUGGAAGCGUUUAA